AUGCUCCCGUUAUCAUAUCUCCACAUUAUCAAGGUCUGCGCGGCGUCCGCGGAACCUGUACCUGGCUUUCAUUACAGAGAUACCUCAGUACGGCGCCAUCGGAGUGUACACAAAUCAGCGAACCUGCUCGAGAAGACCGGAGGGAAAGUUCGGAUUGGUUAUUUUCAAAAGAUGGGCGCGUUCGAGCUCCCGGCGUCGCUGGGAAUCGGUGAGCAGAAUUGGCUAGGGUGGAAGGGAAAACGAGCAUGUCAACAUCGAGCGGCACUGUCCUCCAUAUCUUUCUUCCUAAUGCUAAUGAUCCUUUCGCAUUCCGUCACAGCUUCUCUGGCCUUGCCGCAGUCUCAGCUGAGUCGCAUCGGCUCUGCCUUGACCGGCCGCGCGCCGAAUGAAACUGCGCCUUUGUUAGAAUGUCUACAAGUAUCACCGCCUGUCUUGAGUCCGAAGAGCUGCGAGAGGUCCCUCAUGGUUCACGAAUUUGCCUACUCCUACGGAAUCCCUUUUGUAGGAAACUACACUCCGCCCGAAUGCGAGUUCAAUAGAGUCACAAUCAACUUCACCGUUACUUCUGCAGGGAGACAGUUCGACCGCCUCGCGCUUAUGUUUUUCAACGACACCGAAGUUUGGAGAACAUCAACCGCCGAGCCAACGCAAAACGGAAUCGUCUGGACAUAUGUCAAAGACAUGAGCAACUACUUGUCGCUUUUCCGGGAGCCGCAAAAGAUCAUCUUCGACCUGGGGAAUCUGAUCGAUGACACCUAUACUGGGAAGUGGGAAACCACAUUGACGGCUACCUUCUUUUCCGCAGAAGACACUAUCGAUGCAGCGAAUGUUAUCAUUCCAAUCUCUGCACACCAGUCCUCUCUGGACAAAUCUAGCGCUUUCGUUGUGCCUGAUUCCAAAGCUGUCGAUACUCUCACUCUACCACGCAACGUCAAAAAGGCUGUUGUCAGUCUUUCGGCAGUUGGUCAAGCAACCGAAGAGUUCUGGUGGGCUAAUGUUCUUUCCUCUGACACUACCGUAUUCGGCAAUGAGACCACCCUCUACGGAUACUCACCUUUCCGAGAGUUGCAGCUUCUUAUCGAUGGAACUUUAGUUGGGGUAGCGUGGCCUUUUCCUGUGAUCUUCACCGGUGGCGUUGUCCCUGGCUUCUGGCGGCCCGUGGUCGGCAUUGAUGCCUUUGACCUUCAAGAGGAUGAGAUCGACAUAUCGGCUUUCCUUCCAAGUCUCUGCGACGGCCAGGAGCAUACAUUUGAAAUCAAGGUAGCAGGAAUCAACCAGGAUGAGUAUGGGAACGCAUACUUGACGGAAACGGUGGGCUCGAAUUGGGUAGUGACAGGGAAGGUGUUUUUGUGGUUGGACAAGAUCGACAGCAUCACGCAAGGCACCGUCUCUACAAUCGAAGCGCCCGAGCCUAUUCUUGGCGUGUCCUCGUCAGUCAUGAAGGGAACAAAUGGAUCGGUCCAAGCUCUAGACUACUCGGUAAACGCCUCAAGAUCCUUUUCGGUCAAGUCUACAGUUAUCACAUCAGAAGGCUCGCGGAACGUCACUUGGGUUCAAAAUGUCAGCUUCGCGAUCAAGGGCAAACUAUUCAAUGGUGGCAAUGACCAAAACACGUCCCAAACCACAAAAGGCAAGCAUGAAUCUCUUGGUGGUUAUUCCCGGAGCUUCAGCUAUCCCCUCAGGGUAUCGUCCUCCUAUAACGUCUUGGAAGGCGGCAACUUCACCAUCGAUGCAACGAUGAGUCGCGCCAAAAACGUGCAGAAGUUGGGCCACCUCGCCUUCCCGACAGAAGCGGACACCUUUGAUUAUAGUCAGAUACCGGGCUAUACGUCUUGGUUUGCAGGCGCACAGAUCAGCAAUAACCAGAAUGGGACUGCCCACUAUCUUGGUGCUCCAGCUCUCAAGAAAUCGUUUGGAUCCGGAAGCACUGAACAGUCCUACUCGUUGGCUGGCGUGCCUGCUUCUGGGAGUCCAAGUACGAGUCUUUAUCGUCGUCACAUUCUUGCCGCGAAUGACUCUAUCGUAUAUGACUCGGAAAGCGUUGGAAGCGAUACCUUUGUGGUCCGAAACGACCCACCCACGCCACAACAAGCAGGCAAGCAGACGUACGCGAAGCUUGGAAUCAAAGCAAUGCUUGGCCGUGGUCCACUCCGACAAUAUUAG